AUGGGCGACGGAGGUCCGGCGAGGCACCGGGAGCGGCACGUCGGCGGGGAGGGCUUGCGGGUCGCGAGGCAAGGCGGAGGCGUCGGGCUCAGUGGUGGUGCAGGCGGGGAUGGUGCCGACGUUGCGGGUGCUUGGCGCGGCGACCAGCGGCGUCGAGCGGAUCGACACGGGCUGAGGUGGAGUUGGGGCGCUUGGGUCGCGGAGGUGGGCGGUGUCGUCGUGGCGCGGCUCCGGCCUGGGGUGCGUUGGGCGAGGCGAGCAGCGACGGUGCUGGCUCCGGCGACGUCGGGCAGCGGAUCCGGAGUUGCGGGCGUUAGGCGGGCCGUGCUCGCGCUGGUCGCGGGUUGCGAGAGACGCGGGCGUCGGGCUCGGCGAUGCGCGGGGGCCGGGCGACACUUGGCGUCGGGCGGGCGACGGCGGCGUCGGGCGGAGGCGCGACGGAGCUUGGAGAUCAAUGGGCGGCGCGCGGGCGGAGCGGGGGUGUUGCGGCGGCGCGGCGUCGGCGAAGGUGAGAGCGCGGUCGUCGGGCGCGGUGCGAGGUCGGGAGCGGCGGUGGUGCGGUGGUGGGUGGCGCUCGGCGAUCGUCGGGAGCGGCGGGCUUCGUCGAGCUCCGGCGUCGGGUCUCCGCGAGUUGCAGCGCGGGUGAGGAGUGGAUUUGGGGAAGAUGAUGAACAGUAA